UGGCCCGGUUCGUGCAUAGGCGCGGCUGGUCUGUUGUUCGGACGAUGAGUUGCGCCCCAGCGGUGGCUCGCCCAAUGUGGCGGCUGCGCACGGGUGCCCGGCGGUCCCUUUCAGCUUAUGGAAGGAAAGUCGGUGUCAGAUUUUGCAGUUCAAGAAUGACCUUAGACAAUAUCAAUUGGGCAGCUGUGGAUCGAAUAAUCCGGGUGGACCAUGCAGGUGAAUACGGAGCCAACCGCAUCUAUGCAGGGCAGAUGGCCGUCCUGGGCCGGACGAGCGUCGGGCCGGUCAUCCAGAAAAUGUGGGAUCAGGAAAAGGACCAUUUGAAGAAGUUCAAUGAGUUGAUGGUUGUAUUCAGGGUCCGGCCGACGAUUCUGAUGCCCUUUUGGAAUGUGGUGGGGUUUGCCCUGGGAGCUGGAACUGCCUUGCUCGGGAAGGAAGGUGCGAUGGCAUGCACCGUGGCCGUGGAAGAAUCAAUAGCACAUCACUAUAACAACCAGAUCAGGACGUUGAUGGAAGAGGAUCCUGAAAAAUAUGAGGAACUUCUUCAGAUAAUAAAGAAAUUUCGGGAUGAAGAGCUCGAGCACCAUGAUAUAGGCCUCGACCACGACGCAGAAUUGGCUCCAGCAUAUGCCCUUUUGAAGAGUGCUAUCCAAGCCGGAUGCAGUGCAGCAAUAUAUUUGUCAGAAAGAUUUUAAAUUAUGUCCACUUAUCCCUAACUAUAAGGGAUGCUAAUGAUUUUGACAAGUGAUUUUUUGCAGCAAAGGAAAUGUACAGUUAUUGUUACGUGAAUUUUGUUAAUGAACUGUGAACUUUUUUUUUCCUGUUAUGAAAAUCCGCAAUGUUGAUUUUUCUCUGGGCUGUCUUAAACCGUGAGGACGACAGUUCAGCAAGCACAUUCAAAUUACAGCAAACGAAGGUGCUCUUUGUUUGGUCUCAUAGUUGAUUUUCUCCUAAAACAUAAAAAAUGAAUCAUUAAUAAAGUAACACAUCUUUAAGAGAAGAAAAACAACAACUUGAUUUUACUGGUAAUAAAAGUAAAUUUAAAAUAUUAGAGUAUUUAAGAUUGAUGAAGGAAGACUCUCAAAUCCA